AUGAACGUGCAAGUAGAAGAAGCUGCUGCAGGGCAGAAAGAAAAAAGGCUGAUUACAGCUGCUCUUCCGUACGUGAACAAUUUGCCGCAUUUGGGGAAUGUGGUCGGUGCUCUUCUGAGCGGUGACGUUUUUGCCAGGUAUUGCAGAAUUCGGGGGAUUUCAACUGUGUUUAUAUGCGGAACCGACGAGUACGGGACUGCGUCUGAAGUUUCUGCGGACAAGGCAGGGAUGAGCCCUUCCGAGCUAUGCGCUGAAAACAGCAAGAAGCACAAGGAGGUGUACGACUGGUUCCAGGUUGAGUGCGACAGCUUUGGGAGAACCUCCUGCGAGAGGCACAAGGAAAUAACGCAGAAGCUGUUCCUGGAGAUGCACAAAAACGACUCUUUCGUUGAGAGGGAAGAGCAGAGGUACUUCUGCCUGGAGUGCAAAAUGUUCCUGGCGGACCGGUACAUCGCCGGGACCUGCGGACAAUGCAACUCUGACCAGGCGCGGGGCGACCAGUGCGACAAGUGCGGGGUAGUGCUGCAGCCUGACGAGGUGUUGAACGCAAAGUGCACAACGUGCGGCAAGUCUCCGGAAAAGAGAAGCACAAAGCAUCUUUUCUACAAGCUCGACAAGCACGAGGAUGCGGUGCACGAGCUGAUAGACAGCCAUGCGCUUAAGUGGACGCCUGCUGCGAGGCAGAUAGCCUUUGAGUGGAGAGGGAAAGCGCUGAUUCCCCGGUGCAUAACAAGAGAUUUGAAGCACCGGUGGGGCGUGCCUGUUCCGCUGGAGGAGUACGAGGGGAAGGUUUUGUACGUGUGGUUUGAUGCGCCCAUAGGGUACAUCACGUUCACGGACAUGAUAGGAAAAGCUAGCUGGUGGAGCGACGAGUCGGUGGACCUGUACCAGUUCAUGGGAAAGGACAACGUCUUCUUCCACAGCGUGUUUUUCCCGGCGCUUCUCCAGGGGUGCGACUCCGUUAAGAAGUAUCCGAAGGUCAUCUCCUCCACGCACUAUCUGACAUACGAGGGAGACAAGUUCAGCAAGUCGCAGAACAGGGGAAUAUUCGGGCACCACCUGCUCAACGAUGCAAUGGGGCCUGCCGGUGUGUGGCGCUUCCACUUGAUGAGGUGCCGCCCCGAGACGGGAGACACGGACUUUUUGUGGAAGGAGUUCUACGAGUCUCUGAAUGUCAUGCUUAUCAACACAAUUGGAAACCUGUGCAACCGGGUGCUUUCGUACAUCAAUAAAUCUCUUGUGCGAAAGCUGUCGAGCUGCGCCCUGCCCAAGGAGACGGCAGAGGCGCUGAACACGCACUUGGUGAAGUACAUUAUGCACAUGGAGGACACAGAGAUUCGGCAUGCAGUGCAGUGCAUAAUUUCGGUGGCGAAUGUUGGGAACGCGUACGUCCAGAAGGCGUUUAACGAGAAGGUCGACAAGGCUGAGAUGGGGAGCCGCAUGUCGGCGGCCGUGAAUAUUCUGCUUCUCCUGAGCAGGAUGAUGUACUGCAUCAUGCCUGAAGAGUCGCUGAAGCUGAUGCGCAUGCUGGGCGUGGACGGAGAGCCGCAGCUGGGCGACCGAUUCACUGAAGAGCUGCAGGAGGGCCACGAAAUACGAGCGCCAUCCAUUCUCUUCUCCCCGCUGACAGAUGAGCAGGUGACGGAAGUUAUGAAGUUUUGCACCGGGCCGUGCCCCUUUUCUAAGAAGAAGCGGUGA